UUGGCCACGUCAUACCGAGGGGAGAGACCGCCGACCUACGGAUUCCUGAGCGCUGCUCGAAUUUCCUUCAAGCCCAUUCCUCUCGUCCGCUUUGUACGACAAACACAGCUUUUCUCCUUCGCUGUUCAGAAGCCGUCUGAUCGGAACAAAAUCAAGAAUGAUGUUCCGAAGUAUCCCUCUAGUCGUUCUGCUCGCCAUAGUUUGCUGCCAUGCCGAGGAGGUGCAGAGCAAGUCUAAAGUGUGCGCUAACGUGUUCUGCGGAGCCGGGAGAGAAUGUUCCAUGACUGAGAAAGGAGAGCCCAGCUGUCUCUGCAUUGAGAAAUGCAAGCCCCACAAGCGCUCAGUGUGUGGCAGUAAUGCAAAGACGUACCGUAACCACUGUGAGCUCCACCGUGAUGCCUGCCUGACCGGCCUGAAGAUCCAGGUGGCCCAUGAUGGACACUGCAAAGAGAAGAAGAUGGACAAGGCAGCUGCAAGUCCCGUUGUGUGCUAUGUGGCGGACCGUAAUGAGCUACGCAGCCGUGUGAUCGAAUGGCUGCAGACAGAAGUGGUGCCAGACGGCUGGUUCUCCAAGGGCUCCAACUUCACUGACAUCCUGCUCAAGUACUUCAAGAACUAUGACAAUGGUGACUCCACACUGGACUCCGCUGAGCUGCUGAAGUUCAUCCAACACAAUGAGAGUGGCGUCGACCUGAAGACCUACGUGGACGAGGAGAACAACCGCCUGCUCAGGAGUCUGUGUGUGGAUGCUCUCAUUGAGCUGUCUGAUGAGAAUGCUGACUGGAAACUGAGCUUCAAUGAGUUCCUCAACUGCCUGAGACCUGACUUCAACCCCCCUGAGAAGAAGUGUGCCUUGGAGGACGAGUCGUACGAGGACGGAGCUGAGGCGCAGGUGGACUGCAACCGCUGUGUCUGCGCAUGUGGCAACUGGGUCUGCACAGCCAUGACAUGCGAUGAGAAGACUCCAGCUGUGGAUGAGGUAGACGCUGGUCAGGAGAUGACUGAGGAAGAGUGGACUCGCCGCGUGGCCGAGCUCAACAAGCACCAGGAGACAGUGGAGAAGAUGAAGACCAGCACUAAGGAGGCUUAAAUAAGACAUGGGGGUGAUGUGAGGUAGAGAGAACGAGAGAAAGAGAGAGAGGAGGGGGGCGAGGUGUGGGUUGGAGGAAGGAGGGAGAUAUAGAAAGAAAGACAAAACUGAAGUUGCAUUUCCACUGAAGCGCCAUCUGGGACAACGUACUGUCACAAAGAGAAUCACCCCAAUCAUAAUUGUUUUUUAUAUAAGUUAAUUAUUAAGACUUUUUUAUUGUGUACUACUCCUAUAUAUAGGCUAUUCAUUUUUCCCCUCUGGGUGUGUAUAGCGACACAUGUAUUCAAGUGCAUCCUUUAUCAAUGUUUAUGUUUGGUUGUGUGUUUGACUUUUUUUUUUGUUUGAUUGUAUCACUGCAAGCCUUGGCCGAGGGCCCCAGCACUUUGAAUAGGGGGGGCAGUUUUCUAAA